AUGGAUGAUCAGCUUAGGGAUUUGAUAACGGAUGUUGUCCGGAGGGGAAGUGUGUAUCUGGAGGAGAGAACCGUCUUGAGGACGAAUGUUUUCUUGGACUCAUUGAGCGUAAGUUGCACCGGAAACUCUGAAAAUGUCGUUAUCACAAAGAAACGCUUUGACUUUUCGGCGAUGUUAAUAUGACCUAUUUAGUGUGUGUAUGCAAAAUGUGAAAAAAUAAGAAUGUCGCAUAAAAUCAAACCUCUCUCUGUACAACGAAGUACAGUGGGGGACCUAAACCAGUGGCAAAAAACGUAUCAUUUUGCAUCCGGGAGGUAUCAAAAAUGUGGCAAAAUGCUUCCUUCUCCAAGUGAAAAAAACUUCGUUUUGAAGGGCGCACCCUUUUUCCUCACAAAAGGAGCGGGCGCGCUUUUGAAAUCUGAGUUUUUUCACUUGAAGAGGGAGGUAUUUUGCCACAUUUUUUGAUGCUUCCUGAAUGCAAAAUGGUGCGUUUUUUGCCACUACAGUGAGGGACCGGAUCCAGUGGCAAAAAACGUCUCCUUUUGCAUCCCGGAAGAGACCAAAAUGAUUCCAAGCCUUUCCCUUCUCUAAGCUAAAAAACUCUGUUUUGAAAAGCGCGCCCUUUCCUUCAAGGCCGGCUUUUCAAAGCGGAGUUUUUUAGCUUACAAUUAGAGAGGGGAAGGGUUUGGACACAUUUUGGUCCCUUCUGGGAUGCAAAAUGAGACGUUUUUUGCCACUGAAUCAGGUCCCCACUGUGCAACGGACCAAAAAAAAUGGUUUCUGAUAGGCCGGUUUCGUUGUACAGAGGGCAUUCUUUUUCCUGUUGUGUUCCAAAAAACGCCAAAUUCCACUCCUCCAACUUUCAGAAGCUCCAACUAGUCUUUUCCGAUCUCUACCCAACGGUAUUCCUAAAACCCGCCACAUAUCCGAUAACUCCCCUUCUCAAGUUGUGCUACGAACUUUUGGAGCAUGUGAGUACCGACAAUUUUGUUCGUCAACGGGUCUACAAUCUGCUUCAUCGACUGGUCCAUGUCAAUUUGUCGCUCCGUCAGUUCUGCGCGACUCAAUUGCCAUUCCCUCAGCUGGUUUAUAAGACGCUGAAAUACAAUUUGAAAGCCCGACAAAAUUCCGAAUUAGUCGUGGAAGCCUUCAAAUUGCUGCAAUUCCUGACCUAUGAGACCGAUUUCAAGGUUGAGGGAUAUGGAAUGGACUUUUUAAGUGUUUUGUGCGAUGAAAUGUAAGCAACGGUGUUGUAAAUUUACAGUUGUUAAAACAUCUGCAUUUAAAAAAAUUGUGUUUUAGAAUUGACCCGCAAACAACGGAGUACUUGUCAUACAGUCUCUCGUUACUGUGCAAUCUGGUCUCCAAAUCAAAAGAAAUGUCUCACGCUUUUAUGUUAGAGUUCUAUCAAUCGCUCAGCCGAAAGUUUUUGUCGUUCCUGGCAAGCGACAAUUACCUGGUCGUAAUCUCAACGUUGCUGAUUUUGAGGCGGCUCAACACUCCAAUGAGUGAGAAGGUAAGGUAAAAGAGAGCUUUUCAAUGUGCAGCCUCUCUACAACGAAUUUUAUGUCAAACUUUUUCCGACAAGAGAGUGAACGAAAUGCGGAGAACGGCCGGAGAGAAUAACCUUCUUUGGCCACACUUUUGCAAUAUUUUUUUUAAUUGUUUUGUGGAAAGGUUUUCUUCUGCGGUAAAAAAAUGCUGACAUUUUUUGUGGAUCAAAACUUUCGAUUACAGAAGAACAGAGCUAACUUUUUCCAACUGAAAUCAUGUUUUUCCUUCAGUUCUUCACCUCCAUGAACAUGUUUCAAACCCUCCUCUGCGCCUUCAACGUCCUCGCGCAAGCCGACUCCACUCUGACUGUCAAUUUUGCCAGUGACUUUCUGCGUUCGGUUUUGGUCACCAAAACCCGCGACAACGAGAUUGAACUCUCCGAUCUUUGCCGCGAGUUCUCAACUUUUCAAUACUUUUCCAAAGCAAUUGAGAAUUCCGCCAUUAGGAUCGUGACGUUUGAUCCGAGGACCGAGGAGACCAGCCAGAUUUUGUCCUUGUUGUACGAUUUGGUGCGGGUGAAAUCGCUGAAAUCGCCGGUUUGCCAGAUCAUUUUAAACGCCAACUCUCCGCAAGGACAGAGCACCUCGAAUGGAUCGUCAACGCCGAUGAAAUCGUUGGUUAGAAUGGUGGCCUUAGGGCUUGAAAAACAGCCGAAUCCAGAGGUCACGGUGAAGGCAAUCAAGUUGUUGAAUUUAUUGGUUAAGGUUGGUUUGCGUCAUGUUAAAAGUUGAAAUCAUUUUUUGUUGAAAAAGGUCCAGGUUUGAUGGAAACUUGCGCAAGCUAGUUUUUGUGUGAACUCGCGAUGAUUUUUUGCUCCAGCUUUGCAAAAGUCGUCGGAAUUUUCAACUGAAAAUAUUCGAGAAAUUAAGGCUUUAACUAGGUUGUUUUCAAUGACAAUAUUUUUUAGGAGAUCGUUGACGAUGGCGCUGAAAUCUCGACCUUCGAAAACCCAGCCGUUCUCGUCGCCGUCGUUGAGAUGAAUGCGCAAGUUUCCAUGAACGCAGAGAGUAGCCAGACUUCUUACUACGUCGAUUUCAUCGCUCAGACGUUAAUCCUGGCUCAGAGUAAGGCAAUAUCGUACUUGUAUGUAAUAAUCGUCCUUUAGCCCUUACCAAUGACAAAGAAGCUUGUGACAUGCUGGCUGACGCUAUGAGUCCCGAGCUGUGUGCGCGAAUAAACGACACGCAGUUCGCUCAAAAUGGGGAUUUGUUCCAAAUGUGUCAGUCGACAAACUCAUCGAUUGAUUCGAAUGGCGGGAGGUUGAAUGGGAUGAUGAUUCCGAUCGAGAUGAUUAAGUUGUUGGGGUUGCUGAAAGACCACUCCAGAAUUCAUAAGGAUAUUUACUGGAGAACUUUGGAGGUGAGCUAGAAAGUUUGUGCGUGUCUUACAAGAUUGUAUUCCGGGAUUCUUGAAUGCCUGUUUUAAGGUUCAAAUUAAAAAAUCUUGGAAGAAGGAGUUCAAAAUAAAAAAAUCUAAAAAAUUUAUUUAAUUAAAAUUUAUUUCCUGUCCGCAAUGUUAUCAAAAAGCGCUUCUCUGUUCCAGGACGACCGAAUAAUUCCUUUCAUCGCCUACAGUCUCACCCGAGGCACCCAAGAGCAAAUUCGCAGCGCUCUGACCGUUGUUCCUCAGUGUGCUCAAAAGCUCGCCUUUCCCUGGGAUUUACUGGCAAAGAAUAUGGCCAAUUGCACGGCAAAUUCGUUGAAAAAUGAGGCCAACUCCAGCAAGUCGUCGGUUGAAGAUGAUGAGAAACAAGUGCUGUUACAAACAGUUGUGGAUCUCAGGAAAGAAUUGGACACGGAGAGAUUGAAUAGCAGUGAUUUGAGGAAGGAAUUGAGGGAAAGAGAUGAAAUGGUCAGCGCGGUAAAGUCGAGAAAUGCCGAGUUGGAGUAUAAAAUGGACAAAGUUUUGAAAGAGGUACGUUUUUUUCAAUUACUGAAAAAGCUUUGUUUCGAUAAGCAAGUCCGAAAAAUUCGUCAAUUCCUGAAAAUUUUACCUCAUUCGACUUUUACAUUAAACUUUGUCCUCAAAGUAUGCCAUUGAAAAUUCGGCAGAAACAAGCGAAAUCAUAUAAAAACAUUACCAAAAUCAUUUCUCUUUCAGCUGGACCAAGUAAAAGCAGUCCAAAAUCAAGUGGCUUCUCUAAUUCGCGACACGUCCAACGGCUUUGAUGGUCUGAGCAUUUCGAAUAGGCUUUUUGACGAACGUAAUGGCAAAUUGUAG